AUGGCCACACCAGAAGAAGAUUUCUCGUCAUUACCACUCACAGAAAGGAUUACACACAAGAUUUGGAAGGUUCGAGUAGGAGCAUACGAGGAACUUGCAAAGAAAUUUAAAACAUCAGAUAAUGAAGGAGAUUUUCGGCCUUACGAAGGUCUUCUAAAAAAUAUCGCUACAGACUCGAACGCUGUUGCACAGGAAACAGGACUUUCAACGCUACUAGCGUUUGUUGAAAAUGCACCUAAUCCCGUAAGGUCAAGAGCUUCUGUUAUACCAGCCAUUGUAGACAAAGGGUUUGGCUCUGCUCGCGCUGGAACAAAAAAUAAAGCUGUCGAUUUAAUAUUGUUGUAUAUUGAAGUGGAUACUGCUGAUCCUGUUGUGGAAGAUGUUUUGGCAGGUCUAAAUGCAAAACAACCUAAAUUAGUCACAACUACAGUAUUUGCAUUAAAAGAAAUAAUAAGACUUUAUGGCGCUAAAACAGUAAAUGUUAAGCCAAUUCUAAAAACAUUACCUACAAUAUUUAACCACACCGAUAAAAACGUCAGAAGCGAGGGUACAAAUCUAGUGAUAGAAUUGUAUAAAUGGUUAGGACAGGCACUAAAUGCACACUUGCAGCAACUGAAACCAAUCCAGGUUAAAGAAUUAAAUGAAGCUUUCGAGAAGCUUCCGCCCGAGAAACCUACACAAACGCGAUUAUUACGGUCACAACAAGCAGCGGCUGAGGCGGCAGCUGAAGCUGGAAAUGUCGAUGUUCUUGGGAAAAUGUCUAAAGAUUUCUAUACACAAUUGGCAUCAACUAAAUGGAAAGAACGAAAAGAAGCCCUAGAAAAUCUCUUGGAAAAAUGCAAAACUCCAAAAAUAGCAGAUGGAAAUUAUGGGGAACUUGUCGCUGCUCUUGCCAAGCGUAUGACGGAUUCGAAUAUACUCGUCGUUACAUUAGCUGCUAAUUGUAUAGAGGCUUUGGCCUUGGGUCUGCGCGAUGCAUUUGCAAAAUAUAAACAGACUGUUGUUACUCCAAUUUUAGAAAAACUUAAGGAAAGGAAACAAUCAGUCGUGGACGCGUUAGCUGCCGCGUUGGAUGCUGUUUUUCUUACAGUUACAUUUACUGAUGUAUCUGAAGAUUUCAUAGCAGGCGGCAAACAUAAAAAUCCACAAGUGAAGACGGAAACGAUGAAAUGGCUUGUACGAUGUUUGAAAAAUACAAAGAUCGCGCCGACCAAAUCGGAAAUCAAAGCUCUUGCUGAAAUGAUGGUUAAAUCUUCAGAAGAUAGUUUUGAACCUGUACGUGUGGCGGCCUUUGAAGGUCUUGGCACUUUGAUGAAGCGACCUCCAGUUGUUUCAGAACCUCCAAAAGCUAAGCCUGCAGCAAAGCCGCCUGCGGAUGAUGCACCAAAAAAGGCACCGCCUGCUAAAAAGCCUGCACCUACUAAAAAACCUGCCCCGUCUGCAGCGAAAAAAACAGGAAAGACACCUGCAGCUGCAGCACCUCCUCCGGCUAAAAAAGGCGCCAAAGUAGAAGAGCCAAUAAAAUACAAAUAUACUAACGAAGAAGUAGAAGGAAGAUUUGCAGAGGUAGUUCCUGAAAGUGAGACUUCUAAUCUUGGUGACAAAAACUGGAAGCUACGGUUAGCAGCAAUCGAGAAUUUAUAUCAAACUUUGAAUGAGAUGGAUUCUUCAGAAGUAGAAGCUGAAUUGGUGAUAAGAUUCCUGGCUAAAAAACCUGGCUGGAAAGAAAGCAAUUUUCAGGUUAUGAGCAAAGCCUUCAAUAUUAUAGAAAUGUUGGCAGACAAAAUUCCAUCAUUCUCAAAACCUUCUGCAGCUCUUGCUACACCAAUACUUAUUGAAAAAUUGGGCGAUAUCAAGCUUAAGAAAAGCGCCGGUGAUUGUCUGACUAAAUUUUGCGAAAAAAUUUCGCUUCAAUUCGUGCUUAGUCAAGCUUAUGAGCCACUACGAAAAUCUAAAUCACCGAAAACAUUAGCGGACUCGUUAACAUGGGUUCAAGGUGCCGUGAUGGAAUUUGGCAUAACCGGGCUCCAAGUUCGAGAGUUGAUAGAUUUCCUGAAAUUUGCUUUAAGCAGUUCGAAUGCGGCUGUUCGUACAAAUGCAGUCACCGUUCUAGGAGCUUUACGAAUUUACGUUGGACCUGGCAUUCGCACAUUUAUUCAGGAUUUGAAUGCAACACAACUUGCUACCAUUGAUACUGAAUUUGAAAAAGUCGCGGACCAGGCUCCGCCACAGCCAACUAAAUCUAGUGCAGAAUUUGCAGGAUCUAGUGGAGGCGACGCCUUAGAAGAACUCUUUCCCAAAGUUGAUAUUGGGGCUCAAUUUACUAGUAAAAUGAUCGCAGAUUGUAAUGAUGAUAAAUGGAAAACUCGAAAAGAUGGACUCGAACAAAUUAAAGCUAUCGUGGAUGCUAAUCAAAAGAUUAAACCAAAUCUAGGUGAUUUUGUACCGGUGCUGAAG